AUGGCGAAACCUAUUGGCACGAAAACCAACCACGCUACCGCUCAUCAGAUCGCUGAUCCUGGAUUAGAGAAUAAUGAAAGUUCUAGUGACGACUCCAUUUCUCUUGAAAAUUAUCUCGAUACAUCUGAUAAAACUGAAGAGAAAGUUUAUCCAGAGUCCACGUCUGAAGUGGGCAACUUGAAAAACGAAGAUCAAGGUGAUGGCGUAAAACUAAGGCCUCACGUUGAAGCUCCUAUAGACAACCGUACAAAGAAAUAUACGAGGGAAUCUCGUAAACGAAGGACCUUGGAUGAGUUCCUUUGUAGAGGUGGCAUUGGGAAUGAACACGAAGGAGGACUGUCAACGGACUCCAAAGAAAUAAUUUCAAUUCCUCAAACUCCGACACAGGUAGCCAACAAAGUCAAGGAUUUGCCUGCACAGGUAUCCCUCGAAAAAACAGUGGAAGCAGAAUUCAAACGCAUGCUUGAAAAUGAAACUCAAAAUUCUAAAGAUCUAGUCGAACUUUUCCAGACCAAAUCGUCCAUACAGAAUUUACUCGGAAAGCAUACCUGUGCAGACAGUUUUGCAAUUUUAAAGGAACUACAUGGAGUACAGGGCUGGGUAGUGUCUCAUCUUGACAAUAUUUGCAAUGAAAAAUCUCGGAAUAUCGAAGAUUUGAUUAGCAAGCUCUGUGAACGUCAAAAGCUGCUUUCAAAGUAUGCACAAUCGGUGAUUCCACGAGUGACUAAUUUCACGGUGAAACUGCAAAGCAAAGCUUCGUCGAACUUUUGCAAAAACCAGUGUCCUGGAUCCAGCAAACAGUUGGAACGCCUCAAAGAAUGCGUGAAACCGGACGAUCCCAGUUACGAAAUCAUCGCUGUUGCCCAAGAGGAACUAUUAGACAUAUCAAGUGACUUAGUAUCUGCAAGGCAAGCCAGAGAACCGCUAAAAUAUUCCGUACUGGUUGAAAUGCGCAACCCACCGAACGGAGAACGCAAAUUAAUGUCCGUCUUCCUUUUCGACAAUGUUCUUGUUUGCGCUCGCCAAAGAGUUGUCGUCCUAAGAAAACACUUCAUUCAAGACUCCGAUAGUGAUACAGCAUCAAUUUCCGCGAACGCAAAGGAUCAAUCUGACUUAGUUAUGAAUGCAAAGACCAUCAGUCGCUAUGAGGUGAAAUGGUUUAUUCCGCUCGAGCAGUUGAACUCCCUCGAUUCUAAAGGGAUAGCAUUCGAUGAAGAAUACCUACUUGAACGUCUCCAAAAGAUUGAAACUCUGAAGCGUAAAAUAGUAAAAGCUCGGCAGGAAUUGCAAGAGGAGACCAGUAAGUUGGACAAAGAGCAAGCGGAAUUGGUUCUGCAAGCGCCGAAGCUGCCAUUAUUCAUCAGUGCAGCUGAUGGACAAAGAUACUGCCUUCUAAUGGCCUCAGAAAAGGAACGCAUCGCCUGGGGAUCCGCCAUUAUGAGUGCAAAAGCUGCCUGUAGACCGUCGUCUAGACGCCAGAGUUCAGCCCCGGUCUCAAAGCGCAAUUCGAUAAUACGACCAUUUUCUGCCAUCCGUGAUUCACGACGUACUGCCAAUGCGCACAAAUUGAGCAUUGAUUCAGAGACGUCAGCGCAGGAUGAGAUACUGAAAAAUGAGCUUUCCCACAUGAUAAACCACUGUAAAACUGCUGUUCCUCUCAGUAAAUUGGGGAAAGUGAUCAUUUCAGGCAAGGAAUGCUUUAAGCGGAAUCUUGGAGGUACAUGUACACGAAAUUGGUGGACUGACCGAGCCUGGGCUAUUUACUAUCAAAAGUAUGCUACCAUGGAUUUGAUUGCCUUUCUCACAGCCUACUACGUUGCAAUAGAAGUUGACUUUUAUGGUCAGUUUGAAUUGGUGGCCAAGACAAAAAGCAUAAAUACCAAGAAUCCUCGUUGGGACCAGGUGAAAAAACAUUUAUUUUUGAAAUUGAGACAUCGCAGACAAUUUGCUUUACUGUAUUUCGACAAUCAGUUGUUUUUGGACAAUUGGAGUUGCCGGCAACUUGAAGAAGACCAACUCGAUCAAAAGAAUGCAUCCCACAGUUUAAAAACCAAUGAAACCACCUCGGAACCAGUAUAUUUACAAACAUCAAUUUUGUACAAUGAACGAGAGAAAUCCACUGCGAGGUCGAGAUCAACGAAACAGUCGGAUGUAUUUGGACAACCUCUUGAGGAAGUUUUGAAACGGGACCAGGCCGAUCGGGAGAGAUUGAAGAAACAGAUAGGCGGUAAUAAGAACUACGAGGAAUUGCGAGUUCCUGUGCUGGUUACUGCCUGCGUGGAAGAGAUCGAACGACGAGGGCUUCAAGAAGAAGGCAUCUAUCGAAUUUGUGGCGCCAUCACUACCGUCUCCCGCCUUCAGGAUCUUUUUGAUCGUGAUACCAGCUUGGCUGUCAAGCAAAUUGGAGACUACGAUAUCAAUGUGAUAAGCAGUCUUUUAAAAAUCUUCUUCCGCGAACUCCCAGAACCAGUAAUACCCACAAACAGCUUUGGUGAUCUUGUCAAAGCUUCAGCAUACUCCGAUGAAACAGAAAAACUGGCAGAAUUCAGUCGUAUCUUGCAGAAAAUGCCUCGGGUGAAUUUGGACACCUUUCGAUACCUCAUGGAUCACCUUAUUCGAGUGUGCCAAUAUGAAUCGGACAACAAGAUGAAUUUGGGGAAUCUCUCAGUAAUUUGGGCAAUGACUCUGUUCCAGCCAGAGACCAUGUCCGCACCUCAACUAGUCCCAUCCACUACUGCGGAGACCUCAGACGCCAAAAAUGCACCUUCUCAUUCAUUGCAGUCAGCGACAUCGGCUAGCAUGCUUCAGACCAUGGUGCUCGGCACAGUUUUCGAUGCCUACGCCAACGGAAAUAUUUUCUUCUAUGAACGAACCGAUUGA